AGUUAAAACUUGUAUUAUCAAUCAUCUAACCAGCGACGAAACCACAUAUACAGAACUGUGCAAGGCCACGUGUCGAGAGAGGAGAAAGUCGAUCGACAGGUCGACACGUAAUAACAAAACCCCCCGAACUUUUUGACAAUUACAAAUUUACCCGACAAUCGGACUACAAAAAGGUACAGGCUUAAUCUAAAAACUGCGGCAACCAUUUCAAGAACUCACCAUAAACUACUCUUAUUUCAGUGAAGCCCCCCCAAAUUUCCUAAAGGAUAGGAGAAACCUCGGUUCAAAGAAAGCCAGAGUCGUCGAUCGGCAAGGAGGGCACAAAGUGGUGUUCCCUCAAAUCUCCUAAGGUUAAGAGCCACCACGGGUCAGAGAAAACCGGAGUCAUCGAUCGAUAUGAAGGGCACAAAGAUAUUACAGCAAAAUCAAAAUCUUUGGGCUCGGAUUUUAAAAGUGAGGGAGUACAGAAAAGGCUUGGGAGAGUUUAAGCGCGGAAGAUUCAGAGGUGUGAACUGAGAAUAAGAAGAAGGGAUGGAUAAAAAAAGAACACAAAGAAAAACGAAUGGUCCGGCUGUUGAUGAAACAGCAGAUUGUUCCAAAGUCCCCGCUGAAAUUAAAAAACAAGAAAGACCAGACAGCAAUGAAGACACUUCAACUUCUAGGAAAAGACCAAAGAGAAGAGCUGCAUGCAUUGAUUUUAAGAAUAAAUCAGUUCGCUUGUCUGAAAAGACUAACCUUGUCGGGAAAAGCAGAGUUCAGACAGUGCAAGAAGAAUCUAUGGCUAUAAGUUUAACCACUGGUGUGAAUGUUCCGCGACCAAAUAGAAGGUUGACAAACUUCAUUUUUCACAAUGCGGAUGGUGAACCCCAGCCUGUUGAAAUGAUUGAAGUCAAAGAUAUUUUUAUCUCUGGUCACAUUUUGCCUUUGGAAGAAACUUCUGACAAAGAAAAGGAUAAUGGAAUUCAGUGCAAUGGCUUUGGACGGAUAGAAUCUUGGGCAAUUUCUGGAUAUGAAGAUGGCUCACCCGUCAUUUGGGUAUCCACAGACACAGCUGAUUAUGAUUGUUGCAAACCAGCUAAUGUCUACAAAAAGCUAUAUGGUCAGUUCUUUGAGAAGGCUCGGGCCUGUAUUGAGGUUCACAAAAGGUUAUCAAAAUCUAAUGGUGGUCGUCCUGAUCUAACUCUUGAUGAGUUACUUGCUGCAGUCCUUCGCUCAAUGAGUGGGAGUAAGAAUUUUCCCAGUGGUUCGUCUAUCAAAGAAUUAAUUGUUUCUUGGGGUGAGUUUAUUUAUGACCAACUAACUGGAUUAGAGGGAGAAAACUUUGAUGAACUUCCCGUGCUUUCUGCGCUUCGGGCUGAAAGCCAGAGAAAGGCAAAUAUUCCACCGACUGAAAAUUCACAUUCUGAUGGAGUACAUAGUGCUAAUCAGCCGAUAAACGCUGCUCAUGAAACACUGGAAAAAGAAGAUUUGAAGUUAGCUAAACUGGUACAGGAAAAGGAAAACUGGAAAUCCUUGAGACAAAAUAGAAGGCAGCGGCAGGCAAACUCAGUCAGCAAGUUCUAUAUCAGAAUCAAUGAAGUUGAGAUCGCUAAUGACUAUCCACUUCCAGCAUAUUAUGAAAGCACUGUCCAAGAAACUGAUGAGUACAUUAUCUGUGACAGCAGCAUUGACAUUCACGACCCUGACGAGCUUCCAAGGAGCAUGCUACAUAAUUGGUCACUCUACAAUUCAGACUUUCGGUUGAUAUCCUUGGAGCUUAUCCCAAUGAGGCCAUGUCCUGAUAUUGAUGUAACAAUCUUUGGAUCAGGUAUUAUGACAGAUGAUGAUGGAAGUGGAUUCAGUGUGGAUGCUGAAUCUAGUAACUCUGCUUCAAGUUCUUCUGGAUUACAUGCCGAAGACGGCAUUCCAGUAUUUUUGAGUGCAAUAAAGGAAUGGAUGAUUGAGUUCGGGUCGGAAAUGGUGUUUAUCACAAUACGAACAGAUAUGGGGUGGUACAGAUUGGGCAAGCCAGCAGAACAGUACGCUCCAUGGUAUGAACCAGUGCUGAAAACUGCUAGGAUUUCUAUAAGUAUCAUCAAAUUGUUGAAAGAUCAAACUCGGGUUUCACGACUUACUUUUCAAGAGGUCAUUAAAAGAGUCGCUGAAUAUAAGAAGGAUCACCCUGCGUUCAUUUCUCACAAUCCAGAAGUUGUGGAGAGGUAUAUUGUGGUCCAUGGACAGAUAAUUCUUCAACAAUUUUCAGAGUAUCCUGAUGCUAAUCUUAGAAAGUGUGCUUUUCUGAGUGGACUUCAAAACAAAAUGGAGGAACGCAAUCAUACAAGGCUAGUCGUAAAGAAAAGGAAGAUCGAAGAUAAGGAAAAAAAUAUGAAUCCAAGAGGAGCAAUGGAACCUGUAGUCUCAAAAAAGAGGGCAAUGCCAGCUACUACAACAAGGUUGAUUAACAGAAUAUGGGGAGAGUAUUACUCUAACUAUUUGGCAGAUGAUAUGGAGGAUACUCAUGAAACAAAUAAAGAUGAGGAACUUGAAGAAGAAGCAGAAGAAAAUGGAGAGGAGGAUUUUGAAGAUUCAGAAGAAGAGAAAUUAGAAGCUGGACAACUUACUUCUAUCUCGAAAUCAAAGAAACAUCUGCUUAUAAACUCUGAAACCAAAUGGGACGGGGAAAUAGUUGGAAGAACUUAUGCUGGCAAAGCCCUUUAUAAGCAGGUUAAUGUUCGAGGUGAUGUUGUUGCUGUGAAUGGAUCUGUACUGGUUGAUACAGAAGAUUCAGCUGACCAUCAGCCAAUUUAUUUUGUUGAAUACAUGUUUGAGGAAUCUGAUGGAAGCAAAUGGAUUCACGGAAGAUUAAUGAUCAGGGCUUGCCAGACUGUUCUUGGCAACACAGGAAAUGAUAGGGAGGUCUUCUUGACAACCAAUUGCAUGGACUUUCAAGUUGAAGAGAUAGCAAAACCUGUGGUUGUAGAAAUCAGACUGAUAAGUUGGGGCCAUCAACAUCGCAAGGCUAAUGCCAAUAGUGAAAAGGCUGAUAGAUCAAGAGCAGAGGAUAGGAGAAACAAGGGCUUGCCGUUGGAGUACUUUUGUAAGAGUUUCUACUGCCCAGAAAGAGGGGCUUUCUUUUCAUUACCUACUAAUUCUAUGGGCCUUGGUACGGGUGUGUGCCAGUCCUGCAGAACGAAUGAUUCUGAAAAAGAAGAAAAACUCUUUAAGGUAGAUAAAUCCAUGGACAGUUUUAGAUACCAGGGAACUGUGUUUCAUACACUUGACUACCUCUAUGUUGCUCCUCGUCAUUUUAUGGUUGAUAAGAAGGACAUUGAGCUCUUUAAGGGUGGCAGGAACAUAGGGCUUCAGGCUUAUGUUGUUUGUCAGCUUCUGGAGAUUGAGGCCCACAAUGCUUCAGACAACCCAGAAUAUGUGAACAUCAAAGUCAGGCGGUUUUUCAGACCUGAGGACGUUUCUGCUGAAAAUGCAUACACUUCUGACAUUAGAGAGGUGUAUUACAGUGAUCAGAUAACUGUGGUGCCUGUAGUAGUUGUAGAAGGAAAAUGUGAUGUCAGAAGAAGGCAAGAUAUGCCAUUUCUGGAUGGCUCAUACAUAUUUGAGCACAUUUUCGUUUGUGAACUUCUGUAUGACCCACAGAGCGGAGCCCUCAAGCAGUUGCCAGAGCAUAUCAAGCUAACUGGAUCACGCGAGAAAGUGUUGAAUAAUGCUGCAACUCAAAAGAGGAAAGAAAAAUUGAUAGAAGGAGAAGCUCGUUUUGAUUCCAUUGAAGGACAGCAGGAAGCAGAUCCAGUUAAGUGUCUGGCUACACUGGAUAUUUUUGCCGGUUGUGGUGGCCUUUCGGAAGGCUUACAGAGAUCAGGUGCUUCAAUGACAAAAUGGGCAAUUGAGUAUGAGGAACCUGCAGGAGAAGCAUUUAAACUUAAUCAUCCUGAUGCAUCUACAGUUGUUAGCAAUUGCAACGUGAUCUUAAGGGCAAUUAUGACUGCAUAUGGUGAUGAAGAUGACUGCAUCUCCACUUCUGAUGCUGCUGAGAUGGCAGCAGAACUUGAUGAAACUGAAAUUAAAAAAUUACCGAGGCCUGGACAGGUAGAUUUCAUAAAUGGAGGGCCUCCAUGUCAGGGUUUCUCUGGGAUGAACAGGUUCAAUCAAAGCACUUGGAGUAAGGUCCAAUGUGAAAUGAUCUUAGCUUUCUUGUCUUAUGUGGAAUACUUUCGGCCCAGGUUUUUCCUUCUGGAAAAUGUAAGAAACUUCGUAUCCUUCAACAAGGGACAGACAUUCCGUUUGACUUUGUCUUCCCUGCUUGCAAUGGGCUAUCAGGUAAGGUUUGGGAUACUAGAAGCUGGGGCUUAUGGCGUUGCCCAAAGCCGGAAACGUGCAUUUAUAUGGGCAGCCUCCCCUGAAGAGAUCCUACCUGAGUGGCCAGAACCAAUGCACGUUUUUGCUGGUCCUGAACUGAAGAUUGCAUUGAGCAAAGGUGUGCAGUAUGCUGCUGCACGAAGCACUGCUAGUGGUGCCCCAUUUCGUGCAAUAACUGUUAAGGAUGCAAUUGGAGACCUUCCUGCUGUUGGAAAUGGGGCUUCAACACCAACAAUGGAGUAUGAAAAUGAACCUGUCUCUUGGUUUCAAAAAAGGAUCCGAGGAGAAUCAUUGGUCUUAAGUGAUCAUAUAUCGAAAGAAAUGAAUGAGUUGAAUUACAUGCGUUGCCAGAGAAUUCCCAAACGUCCAGGGGCUGACUGGCGUGACCUCCCCGACGAGAAGGUUAGAUUAACAAGUGGACAGAUCGUUGAUUUAAUUCCCUGGUGCUUGCCAAACACAGCGAAAAGGCAUAACCAGUGGAAGGGCCUGUUUGGGAGAUUGGACUGGGAAGGUAAUUUUCCGACAUCUGUUACAGACCCACAACCAAUGGGCAAGGUUGGGAUGUGCUUUCACCCUGAUCAGGACAGGAUACUCACUGUUCGCGAAUGUGCUCGCUCUCAAGGUUUUCGAGAUGACUAUAAGUUUGCUGGAAACAUACACCACAAGCACAGGCAGAUUGGAAAUGCGGUCCCUCCUCCUUUGGCUUUUGCGCUGGGGAGGAAGCUGAAGGAGGCAAUGGAAAUUAAAAGUUCAACCAAGUAAACUUGCUCUGAUGUGCAUUUCUGUUAUAUGUUCUCCAGUUUAUUACUCAAUCUUGCUUCUGUAUGACAAAUCAAACUAUUUUGUAAUCUUUUGUUGUCUAUCAGCUAUACAUAUAGUCUGCCCAUGUGCAUCUAUAAAGGUUUUGUAUGUACCUAGAUCAUAGUGUUGAUCUCAUAGUGAGGAAAAACAAUUGUAGCAAAGACUGAGAGAAUUUGGCAACAGAAUUCCUUUUUGGCA